AUGGCUUCGAAAAAUUCUCAACUCGCUCUAUAUAAAUAUUUUGCAGAUGCAUAUAAGAAAGGUCAUCCUGCAAUGACUAAAUAUGCAUGUCAUUACAAUACUGAAUUGGAAUGGAAUAAAAUCAAAACUAAUGAACAAUUAAUUAAAGCUGAAAUUAAAAAAUAUUUAGAAUUUACUAAACAAUUUGGAAAAAAAGAAACUUCAAAUGUACAAACUGGUGAUAACACUUGCAAUCAAGAAAAAUCAGUUACAACAGUAAAUGAACGAAAACGAACAUUAUCUUUUGAUGAUGAACAUGAGCCAAUUGAACUGCGGUUAGAAAAUGAUAUUAUUGAACCUGUUGAACCAACAUUUUCAAAACGUGAUGCAUUAAAAGCUUCGGAAUUUAAUGAUCCUAGUAAACCAUGGGUUGCUCGUUCACUUGCAAGAGCUCAUGCACGAGCUAAAGCGCGUAAUGCGAAAAUUCAAGUUCAACGUCUUGCAAGUGAAAAUCGAAUAAAAACUCCCGCACAAGAAGUUGUUAUACAAGAAAUCAAAGAGAUUGCUGAACGUAUUUCUAGUUUAGUACAAGUGAAAAAUAUGGGUUUAUCAACAUCAGAUUCGAGUCAAACUUUAAAAAAGUUACUUCAACAAAAAAAAGAACGUACUGCAGAAUUAAGACGUUUACAAUCAAAUCAACGUUCUUCUGCACGUCAUUAUCAACGAAAAAAACGUUGUGUAGAAGCACUCUGCGCUGCCGAUCCAGAAGUAGCUGCUACAUUUUUAAAUUUUUAUAAACCAGCUACAAUUCGUGCACAAAUUGAUAAUAUUUGUCCUGAUUUAAUUCAAACUAUUGAAGAAAUUGCUCGAGUUGGUGGUGCAAUAGAGGUGAAUCCUCGAUUACUCAAUGUUACACCAUGUACAUCAUUAGAUAAUCUGAGAGUUAAAGUAAAAGAACGUGGUUUUGAAAUACGACGAUCAUCAACAUUUUAUCGUUUGAUUCCAUCAGGAAUGUUUAGUGACGAUGGUAAAAGGCAUCUCACUUCUGAACCUGUACGUCUUCGUAAACUUCAAGGAAUUGAACAAACAAAACAUGAAGAUUGUCAUUUUGUGACAGCAACUCUUCAACAUAUUAAAGAUUUAGCUGGAACAUUUGGAAAUGAAUGUGUCUUUUAUUUCAUUCAAGAUCGAAAAGCUUCUGUUCGAAUUGGCCGAUCAUCAGCAAGAGGACAUUCACCUUUUAUUAUGCAUCUAGAUUAUCAAACAACUACAGUCGAUUCAAUACCGAUACCAUCUAGUACACCUCAUCAAUUAAAACCAAUAAUUUAUGCAUCAUGUAUGAUCGACAAUAGUGGUCUCGUAGGAUUUGCUGGUCCAACUUAUAUAUCAAUUCGAUCAGCAAAAUAUGAUCGAUUUAGUAAUGAAAAUGAAGAUAUGGAUUUUGAUUGUGUACUUAAAUUAAAAGAAUUUGAGAAAACAGCUCGAAAUUAUUUGGGAUCAACCAAACCAAUCAUAAUUAUGGGUGUUGAUCAUUUAGAAUGUAAUGAUUACACACGUCGAUCAUCAACUCUUAUAUCAGCAAUAAAUAAAUUUAAAAAAUAUAAUCUUGAUGCAUUUUUUAUUAUAAGUGAAGCACCAGGUCAAGCAGCAUUCAAUGUUGUUGAACGACGUUUAGCAUGUUUAUCAAAAGAUUUAACUGGUUUAGUUUUACCACAUGAUUAUUUCGGAACACAUCUAAAUGUUAGUGGUGUAACUAUCGAUGCCGAAUUAGAAAAAAUUAAUUUAAAAAAAGCCGGUGAUGUUCUCGCAGAAGUCUGGAAUAUGGACAUGAUUGAUCAACACCCUAUUUUCGCAGAAUAUAUUGAUGCAUCAACAACGAUUGAUGAUACGAUUCGAUUCAUUGAUAGUCAGUUUACAUUAGAUGCGAUUAUUGAUGAUAUUUGUGAUGAAGAAGAAGAAGAAAUACCACUUCAUCUUCGUGCUGUUCGUGAUCGACCAGAUCCAACUCGACAUUUAGUUCUUGACACUCCUGAGAAACCAAUUGAUAAUAUCGAUGAAUACUGGUGUGCAACACAUGUAUUUCAAACUCAAUAUUCCAUACAAAUAAUUCGUUGUACAAAACCAGAAUGUUGUGGUCCGUGGCGUUCGAAUUAUAUUCAAGUAUUUCCCCAUCGUUUUCUUCCGCCACCAGUUCCUUUCGAUCGUUCAUUAGCUGGUGUUAAUUUAGCUGAACUUGAAUCUUCAAUUGCAACAACAAAUCCUCUUUCACCUUAUUAUGGCACAUUAUUUCAACGUAUACAAUUUCAUGGUAUUGUUAUGCAAGAAACAAAUAAGUUACUUUUACCAUUUGAUUCGUAUUGUCCAUCAGUACAAAAGAAACUUCAUUCUCGAGUAUGUUCAAUUUGUAAACAAUAUAUACCAUCGGCUACUCGUUUACGAAAUCAUUAUCGCGUACAUCAACAGCGAUAUGCAUUGAAUUCAAUUGAUUAUAAGUUCUAUAAAGAUGAAGAAUUAAUUGAUGAACCAGAUCCAAUUGAACCAAAAACAAUUCUUCUAUAUCAAAUUAAUCCAAGUCUUAAUGGUGUUUUUCUCUUCUUUGAUAUGGCAGAAUGGAUUAAAUCAGAUUUUGAAGCUGAUCCUAUUGUAGAAUCAAAACCGAAAUCAACAACAACAAUUGCAAAUAUAAUGGUUCGGAGAGAAAGACAAUUACAAGAAGCAGCAGCUGCUGCAAUCGGACUGAAUCCAAAUGACAUUGGAAAAAUAACAUCAGGUGCUCCCGUCGCAACAACAACAACAAAUGAGAUAAUAUCUUUGGAUGAAGUUAAAACGGAAUGUGAAAUUAUUGAUACGAAUACAGCAAAUACAAAUGUGAUUGAUGCAAUGGAACAAUUAGCAGUUGCAGAUAAUCAAACUGAUGAUCUUAGUGAUCUUAUUGAUCAAAUUUAG